AUGACGCAUCUUAAAAAUUUUGACGAUAAAGUAGUCGUAGAUGCUGAAGUUGACAGCGGAAGUGAUGCGGAAUCUGAAGACGAGGAGCUUAUUGACGACGAGAAAAUGGACACCAUGGAGAAAGUAAAUUUCGACUUUGAAGCCUUUCCUCCUUCUCCAGAUGAUGCCGACCAAGUAAACAAUUUGCUGACUCAAGUGGGUGUUUAUCCAAAAUCUUUAUUUAAAUAAAUUUAGAUAUUCUUGAGAACGGAUAUUGACUAUGACAACUUGUCUAAGGCUGUUGUUAAUCUGACUCCUUUUGGAAGUGUCAUAAAAUCGGCUGAGGAGUUUGCAGACGAAGAUAAUCAGGAUUGUUUAUACGGAAUCUCGUCGGUGCUUCCAUUGACUGCAGAAAAGGUUGGUUAACAUUUUGUUGUAGAUGAUGGUUCAGAACUACGGAAUUUUCAACUUUCUUACUUCGCGAGCAAAGAAGAAUGCCGACAAAGCCACAUCAGAACAGUUGGAGAAAUUGUUCAAAGAUGGAUCUAAAGUUGGGCUUGUUAUCAACGAGAGAAUGUUACAUUUCCCUGCUCAGAUCGCCGGACCCACAUUGAAUGCUUUAAAGUAAGUUGUAACAUUUGGAAAUUAUAUUGUUUUAGAGAAGAUAUUAAAGCGGAAAAGUCUUUGAAUGAUAUGGAUAACUUCAUAAUAAUCGUCAAAAUCAGAAUCAGUGAUGAAGAACUAAAAAAAGAGAAGAGCGAGGACACUGAAGUUAGUUAUGAUAAUAAUGAAGAAGCCCUAUUAUUCGAAGUAAGCGUUUAAAUGGUUCAAAAUUCAAUUCUUUAGGCAUUCCCCGAGAAGUUUCCAUACUUCCAAUAUCCAGUCCAAUCCGAUGUCGAGAACACCAGCAAGUUCGCGGCCACAAAGAAAGAUGGCAUCACCUACCGUCCGUUCCGAAAAGUCUGUCUGCUCAACAAGAACCAACUCUUACAUUUCUGUGACACAGUCGCCUCGGCCCUCUAA